AUGGAGAGUCGGCAGUGGAUUUUGACAUGGCUACUCAUCAUUUUCCACCCCUUGGAAGCCGCCAAGGAGGAGGACUUGAGCACCUCAUUAUCUGAGGGCCAGUGGUUCCAUGCAGAGCGCCACAUGGAAGAGCUGGACCAAUACUUGCGUGAGUAUUCAGGUGUUCAAGAUUUAUCAUGCCUUGACGUGUUCGGGUAUUCAGGAACCAUCGCCAAAUGCUGGCGACAGAAAGGCUGGAGUGCCGAGCAGUAUGACAUAGGGCUCAACCACAGAAGCAACGACUUGCUAAGCAAACGAGGAUUCUUGCAACUAUGUCGCUUGGGGAUGCGACUGAUUGCAGGCGGUAUGGUGGUAGCAGGACCGCCAUGCGCAAUGAAUAUCUUCCUGUCUACAAGUGUGCAUCGGCGCCAUGAACUUGGUCCAGAGGGCGACGUUGAGAACUUCCGAGUCAGAAUGUCCAAUUUGUUGGCCCACAACUUUGCAGUUUGGUUGGAGCUUCUCAAUCGUUAUCGAAAGGUCUGGUUCAUCAUAGAGCAGCCAUGUUCUUCCUAUCUCUUCAAGAUGAACUGCAUGCUGGCCCUAGCAGCGGUAGCAUGUUGCACAAAGAUCACAACAUGGAUGGCGUUCUUCCAGCACGACAUGCUGAAGCCAACGCAUUUGAUGGGAAACCUACCAGGCAUCAAAGGCCUCACUCGUGUGAUGCGCAAGGCUGACCGUGAGAAGUUCAAGAAGCGGUUUGAGCUUCGUCAAGCCAAGCGCAAGAGCCCGCGGACCUAUGUUGUUAAGGGUGUGAAGGGACAGUCGAAAAAAACUGUCCAAGGAGGUAAGCACCUUUGCUUGUCUGCCAACUACACGCCUGCAUUUGCUCGUGCAAUCUUUAAGAUCUGGGUCCAAUCUUUGCAGGACUUGUAA